UCAUACUUACUUUUUCUUGAUGACUGAUGUUUUCCGCAGAGAGCAGCCUGGUUAUCUUACAGAAUCGCCCACAUUCUGCAUCUGUCUCAUUGUUUUCUCAGUCAGAGUGUUGUUUAACUGGGUCCUCUGCCUGGUUUCAUGUAAACUGGAAGUUCAGUUUUAAAUGUCUGAAUAAAUUCUGGCUACCCAUUUUAGUGUGAGUAUUUUAUACAUGGUGCCAUGUUCUUCAUACUCCGCACAUUGUGAGGAGCAUCACUGUUUAAAUGCUAAAUUUUAUCUUUUUUGUUAAGGUACAUUUUUCCCUUUGUAGUUAGCAGGGUUACUGUGGAUUACUCGGUGUAGAAGUGGCAUGUUGGGGGCAUCUGACCUCCUCUAACUUCACGAGGGGGAGAGAGAAUCGCCAUCAGCCCAAGGCUGAUUCCUAUGAAGCAAAGGGAUGCUUGAAGAUGGAAAGAAAUUUGAUUCAUCCCGGGACAGAAACAAGCCCUUUAAGUUUAUGCUAGGCAAGCAGGAGGUGAUCCGAGGCUGGGAAGAAGGGGUUGCCCAGAUGAGCGUGGGUCAGAGGGCCAAACUGACUAUCUCCCCAGACUACGCCUAUGGUGCCACUGGGCACCCAGGCAUCAUCCCACCAAAUGCCACUCUCGUCUUUGAUGUGGAACUUCUAAAACUGGAAUGACAAGAAUGGCCUCCUCACUUAGCUCCCUGUUUUUUGAUCUGCCACAGAGGGAUCUGGUGCCUCCAGACACGCGCACGUGACUCCAGACGGAGCUUUACUUUCCCUGAUGUUCCUCUGUACUCUCUGUGUAAACAUCUCCCCCGACUGAAUGUGUUCUCUCACUCAGCUUUGCUACCGACACCUCCAUUUCCUCUUCCCCUUUCUCCUUGUAUGUAUGUUGACUUAAACUAUAUGCCAUCAACCUCAAAUUACUCGUUUUAUUUUGUUUUGGGGUGAAGAUUCAGUUUCAGUCUUUUGGAUCUAGGUUUCCAACGAAGCAGAUGAUCCAGUAUUAACAGCACAAACAAUGGGUUAACUUUAGAAUAGGAAUUGGUAUGGGGUGGGGGGUGCAAGAAACUUUAUUUUAUUUUAUUUUUUUUGGAUGAAAUUUUUAUCUAUUAUAUAUUAAACAUUCUUGCUGCUGCGCUGCAAAGCCAUAGCAGAUGUGAGGCGCUGUCGAGGGCUGAAUUCUCCAGGUUGAGAGAGGCGUCCUUGGGUUGAAUUAAAAGCCCUUCCCAAAACUGAAGUGGGGAAGGGGAGAGGCUUUGCCUCCACCCACCCCAACCCACCCUCCCCUUAAACGCUCUGCCUUUUGAAAGCAGAUCGUUGUCACUGCAGUGUUGGACACUACCGGUAUCUGUCCCGGGCCAGCAGGGACCUCUGAAGCCUUCUUUGUGGCCUGGCCUUUUUUUUUUUUUUUUAGACAUCCUGUGGUUUUUCUAAUGAAUUUUCAGGACUUUUAUAAAAUCUCAUAGCUAUCCAAGCUCUACCACUUCCUAAAUUUUAAGAACUUUAAUUGAAAGUUUAAAUUGAAGGUGCUGUUUGUAGACACUUAACACCCAACGAAAGCCCAGCCAUCAUCACAAAUCCUUGAGUGUUCUCGUAAGAAAAUGAUGCUGGUCAUCGCAGCUUCAGCAUCUCCUGUUUUUUGAUGCUCGGCUCUCCCUGCUGAUCUCAAAGUUUCCUGGCUUUUCCUUCCCCCUCUCACCCCUUUGCUGUCCUGUGUAGUGAUUUGGUGAGAGAAGUUGUUGCUGCCGCCCCCCGCCCCAAUCUUCUGCACCACAUAAUGAGUUUCAAGUUUUAUUAUUGCAAUAAAAGUGCUUUAUGCUGGCUUUUCUCA